GAGUGAGACUCUAUCUCAAAAAAAAAAAAAAAAAAAAAGAAAGAAAGAAAGAAAACAUUUUUAGCCAUGAACUUACAUUACUGAUCUAUGAACAGGAUUUUUAUUUUAAAUGUAGAAUGCUGAUAUUUUCUGAUUUAAACAUAUGUAUUCUUAAUGAAAAAUCCAACGAAGAAGGUAAAAUGACCUGUCAACACUCUUUUGCCAAUAUUUCCUUUUCAGAAAGUCCCAGAAAUGGAGUUUAGGUUUAUCAUGGAUACCUUUAUUGGCAGCUUUCAAUAGAAUGUUAAAUUUUUCACAAGAAAUGUUCUGUUCUUCAAUACUGACUCUUGUCCUGUGGAUGGUAUAGAAGUAUUCUAUUUAAAUUUUGUAACCAGCCACCUGACUAAAGAGGUAUAUAGACAUAUUAGGCAAAUACUGAUAAUUUGCCCCUUCGUAUCCUCAAAAGUCAUCUUUGAUUAUUUUUACAAACUGCAUUGCAUUAAGUAAUGUUUCUAGACCCAGAUUCUCAACUCUGCCAUUGUAAUGUGAAAACAACCCGAGACAAUAUGUUAUAGAAUGGAUCUGGCUGUGUUGCCACAAGACUUUGUUUACAAAACAGGUGGUCCGGGCCCUGGACACUAUGUUACUGACCCUUGAUGUAGGUAAUCAUAUGGCUUUUCUGCACUAAUUCAAGUUUGGGCAAUUAGAGCUCAUGGACUAAAUCUAGCCUAGUGCCUGUUUUUGUUCAUAAAGUUUUAUUGGAACCCAGCCACACUCAUUUGUCAAUUUUUUUGUAUACUGUCAUUUUUGUGCUAUGAUGGUGGAAUUGAGUGGUUCCCACGGAAAUUAUAGGAAAUGUUUUUUUUUACAUGGAAAUAAUGUUUUUUUAACAAAAUAUUUUAUUGCUGACACUAGAGAUUACAAAUAACAUAUAAACUUUGUCAGUGUUAUGGUAAUUAGUAUUUUUUCUUCUACUACUAUAUACAGAUAUCGUAAGUACUUUUUCAUUCACUAACCUCCUAAUUUAUAUGCUCUUCUAGUAAAUUUUAACACUUAUGUAUUAAAACCUGCUGAAAUGAUAUCAUUCUUAUUUUUCCAGCCCAUAAUAAUUUAGGUUUUAUCUCUUACCAGGUUUUUCCUUUUACUCCUUCUUGCUCCUCUGCUUAUACUGGAAGCUUCUUUCUCUUUGCUUGAGGAAUACUCAUUAGCGUUUGCUGUACUGUGUGGGCCUUCUGAUGAAGAAUUCUCUCUGGUUUGCCUGCAGAUAUCUUUAUUUAAGUUUGAUUUCCCAAGGAUAUUUUUGCUGAGUAGCCUUUAUAGAUUUCUACUGAUAAUACUUUACAGGGAAUCAAGACAUGGAUGGUGAUGAGUAAUUAAAUAAGACAGUGUUUAUGAUUUUCUUAGGAUGAUGUUCUCAAAUUAUGGAAUAUAUACCCUAGAAUGUAAAAAGACUUCAAAAGGUAGAUGGGCACACAUGGUUUAAAAGAAGAAAAAUAUGGGUGCGCCCUGUGUGUUUGUCUUCUUUCCUAAAAUUGAUCUGCUUGAGGAUUCCACUGCUGCUGGACCAUCACGUGGGAUGGUUCUCUUUCCCACAUCUUCUUUCACUACUAGCAGUAUUCAUACCACUUCCACUUUACAAAAGGAGGUUGUACCUUCCAAACAUCCAGAAUGUUAUAUUUUACGAGCCCAGGUGUAAAAUCUUCUGAAGCACUAAAUAAAAGGAUGGCUAGAUAUUUUGGGGCCUUGAUUUAAGGUGAAUACACAGCAAUCGUGACAACUUCUGGGCCUAAAGAGAAUGUACCACUCAGAGUAAUUUGCUCUUCAGCCCACAGGUGCUCAGAACAAGAGAACUCAAGCGAAGCUUCAAAGGAGGCAGAGAUUCUAAGACUUGAGUAUCACCACUUCUGUGGAUACCCUUGACUUGAGAUUGAGAUUUUUGAACAGAAAUUUAGAGCUAAUCCAGAGAGACAAAGAGGGCAUCCCAGUUAGCAGCCACUUCCCAAAUGGAGAAAAUGAUGCAGGCCCGGAUGAGUUUGAACACAGAUGUACAAGACUGUACAGGACCUUGUAGGUUACAUUUGCCAUCAAUUUGUGUUUGAUAUCUCUGACAGCGAUACAAGAGAAUCAUGGAAUCCCUGACAUUUGAUGAUGUGUCUGUGAAGUUCACCUGGGAGGAAUGGCAGUUCCUGGCCCCUGCUCAGAAAGAUCUAUAUCGGGACGUGAUGUUGGAGAACUACAGCAACCUGGUGUCAGUGGGGUAUCAAGCCAGCAAAUCAGAUACAUUCUUCAAGUUGGAACGAGGAGAACUGUGGACAAUAGAGGAUGAAAUCUGUUUUGACAUCAGGAAAAUUGAUAAUCCUCUGCAGCAUCACUUGCAAUAUCAAAGUAUUCAGAAAAGAGGUCAUUUCUUGUUUAAGCAAAAUUGUGAUAUGUUUGACUUAUAUGAAAAACCUUUAAAAUCAAAUUUUAGUAUUGAAAACCAGAACAGAAGCUGUGACCUAAAGAACUCUACUGACUUUAAUGGAGAUGGGAAAUCCCUUUUUCAUGCUAACCAUGAACAAUUUUCUUCUGAAAUUAAAUUCCCUGUAAGUACAAAACCUAUCAAAAAUAAACCUGAGGUCAUUAAGCAACAGAGAACUCCCAACAUAGAGAAAGCUCAUGUAUGCAGUGACUGUGGGAAAGGGUUCAUCAAGUUGUCUCAGUUCAUUGAUCAUCAGAGAGUUCAUACUGGAGAAAAACCUCAUGAAUGCAGUAUGUGUGGGAAAGCAUUCUCCAGAAAAUCCAGGCUAAUGGAACAUCAGAGAACUCAUACAGGACUGAAACAUUAUGAAUGCACUAAAUGUGACAGAACCUUCCUCAAGAAAUCACAGUUCAAUAUACAUCAGAAAACUCAUAUGGGAGAGAAACCUUAUACAUGUAAUGAAUGUGGGAAAGCCUUCAUCAAAAAGUGUCGGCUUAUUUAUCAUCAGCGAACUCACACAGGAGAGAAACCCCAUGAAUGCAGUGUAUGUGAGAAAGCCUUUUCUACAAAGUUUAGUCUCACUACACAUCAAAAAACUCAUACAGGAGAGAAACCUUAUAUAUGUAGUGAAUGUGGUAAAGCCUUUAUCGAGAAGAGGCGUCUUACCACACAUCAUAGAACUCAUACUGGUGAGAAACCCUUUGUAUGCAGUAAAUGUGGGAAAGGCUUCACCUUGAAGAACAGUCUUGUUACACAUCAGCAAACUCAUGCAGAAGAGAAAUUAUAUACAUGUAGUGAAUGUGGAAAAGGCUUUUCAGUGAAGCACUGUCUUAUCGUACAUCAACGAACUCAUACUGGAGAGAAACCCUAUAUCUGCAAUGAGUGUGGAAAAGGCUUCACCUUGAAGAGUCCUCUAAUCAGACAUCAGCGAACACAUACAGGAGAGAAACCCUAUGUAUGCACUGAAUGUCGGAAAGGCUUCACCAUGAAGACUGACCUCAUUAUACAUCAGCGAACUCAUACUGCAGAGAAGCCAUAUUUAUGCAAUGAUUGUGGAAAAGGCUUUACUGUGAAGAGCCGCCUGAUUGUACAUCAGCGAACUCAUACAGGAGAGAAACCCUAUGUAUGUAGUGAAUGUGGAAAAGGCUUUCCAGCAAAGAUCCGGCUAACUGGACAUCAGCGAACUCACACUGGAGAGAAACCUUACAUCUGUGGUGAGUGUGGAAAAGGCUUCACCGAGAAGAGUCAUCUCAAUGUACAUCGGCGCACUCAUACAGGAGAGAAACCCUAUAUAUGCAAUGCAUGUGGCAAAGGCUUAACUGGGAAAAGCAUGCUCAUUGCACAUCAACGAACUCAUACUGGGGAGAAACCAUAUAUAUGCAAUGAAUGUGGAAAAGGUUUCACCAUGAAGAGUACUCUAGGAAUACAUCAGCAAACCCAUACUGGACAGAAACCAUACAAAUGCAAUGAAUGUGGCAAAACCUUCAGGAAAAAGACAUGCCUCAUACAACAUCAGAGGUUUCACACAGGAAAGACUUCCUUUGCAUGUACUGAAUGUGGAAAAUUAUCUUUGCGCAAAAAUGAUCUCAUUACGCAUCAGAGAAUUCACACAGGAGAGAAACCAUAUGAAUGUACUGAGUGUGGGAAAGCCUUCACUACAAAGUCAGGGCUCAAUGUUCAUCAAAGAAAACAUACAGGAGAGAGGCCUUAUGGUUGCAGUGAUUGUGGGAAAGCUUUUGCCCACUUGUCUAUCCUUGUUAAACACAAGAGGAUUCAUAGGUAGUCAUUUUGAGAAAAUCUUGGCAGUUUAAGUCCUCAAGAUAUUAUAGUAUUUGCAAAAAAUAACUUAAUGAUUGCAGAAUAUGUGGUCAUGUAAUUAGUGAUCAGUUACCUCAUGUUUUAUGUUAAAGAAAACAUGUACACAUACACACAAAUAAAACAUGUACAAAACAACUUCAA